AUGAAACCUCCGAGGCUGGACCGGCAAAACUCGUCGGCAUGGUUAACUUUGGCAAUCUCUUCUAUCUUGUUUAUCGCAUUCAUUUGUGUCUUGACGUCCAUCAACGAAGUUCGAUUUAAGGGUCUAGUGAAGCUUGGGCGAAGUGCUCUCCCCAACAUCCCCAACCGCAACAACUCAUGUUCUGUUACAUCCCUUGCUAACAACAUUGAUCAAACUUCUCCGUCAGGGGUGCCGGAACUGCCGGAACUACGGAUACUAAUUGGGAUAUUAACGUUGCCGGAUCAAUAUCACCGUCGACAUUUCCUUCGGCUCAUCUACGGUAUACAAUCACCACCGGUUGGUACAAAGGUAGAUGUGAAAUUUGUGUUUUGUAACUUAACCAAGGAGGAUCAAAAGGUCUUAGUAGCACUUGAAAUCAUGCGUUACAACGACAUCAUAAUCCUCAAUUGCAAAGAGAAUAUGGACAACGGUAAGACUUACACAUACUUCUCGAGCUUGCCAGAGAUAUUUAACGGCACCGACGGGCCAAAUCCACCAUACCAUUAUGUGAUGAAGGCCGACGAUGACACUUAUAUUAGGUUAAAUAGCUUGGUAGAUUCAUUAAAGCCCUUGCCUAGGGAGGAUUUGUACUAUGGUUAUGUAAUUCCAUGUCGUAGCAUGGACCCUUUUGUUCACUACAUGUCUGGUAUGGGUUAUCUAAUCUCAUGGGAUCUAGUGGAGUGGAUUAGAACCUCUAACAUACCGAAGAACCAAAUGGAGGGACCGGAGGACAUGGUUUUUGGCGAUUGGAUUCGCGAGGGUCACCGGGCGAAGAAUAGGUACAAUGCUAAGUGGUCUAUGUACAACUUUCCGGUACCGCGGACUGCUUGCACACAUGAGCUUUGGCCGGAGACUAUUGCCGUCCAUCUCCUCAAAAAUCAAGAGAAGUGGAUUCAGACCUUGAAAUAUUUUAAUGUUACUAAAAAUCUCAAAAAAUCUAAACUCUAUCAUAUUCCUUAGUUAAAAUCUUCACCAUUUUUUCUACAUUCUUUGUGUUCACAAUGUAUUA